UAUGCGUGCGGAGAAUAAUUGAUUUUUUCUAUCUCUACUGACGUCGACUACGCCCCCUCUUAUAACUGAUAUAUAAACCCACCGUAGAACAUUCUUCAAGCAUUCUUUUUCUUUUCCAAAAAGACGAGUGGCCGGAAUACCGAGUUCAACAUCCACGAAGCAUGGGAAUUUUAGGAAGGAGUUUCUUCUUAUCCUUCCUCGUCGUGGUUUUGAUCCUCUGUCAAGCUUUUGCACAAAGUCCCACAAGUAGGGUUAACAAAAGGCUGACAGCAAGAAACAGGCUACGGAACAGUGGAGAAUGCAAAGACGAAGGUUCACACCAUACUUGUAUGAAGGUAAUCAACGAACUGGGACACGGAGUGUGUAACACGAUCAUUGAUCAGCUGAAAAAAAAGCUGGAAAGAAGCUGCUCUGCAAGUUGUCACUACUGUGGAGAACCUCUUGAAGACUGCAGAACAAGCAGGAAUGGAUGCUGUUGGGACGCUAGCACACCCAGCCAAGAUCCCUAUGGCAGGAAGGGCUGCCCUGAAUGCAAGGAUCAUCUUUCUUUGUGCAAACGAUUCAAAAAGUUUUGCACGGAGUCAAACCCAGGAAAUAUCGAGUUCAUGCAGCUUCAUUGUCCACUGACGUGCGGCAGAUGUGUUAAGAGGAGGAAUGAUUUUCCAAUAACAGGACAGAAAAUCCAAAUGAAUGAUUGGAGGAAACUUUAAUUGCUAAAGAAGAGAUUUGGCGGAUGAAAAAGUCCUCCCACAAGAUGGAACGUCAAUAUCCUUGAGCCUGUUGUCGCAUAUAGCUGUGAGGUUGCCGUUAUAUCAAUGAAGUGGCCCAAUAUUAAUAACACUCCCCCUAGCUGGAUUGUGAUUUAGAGCAAAUUUCAACAGAGUCGAAGGCAUUCUGGGAUUGCCUUGAUUUCCUUUUGGUUCACAUUUUGAUUGGUCUAGAAUAUUCGUGCCAACCUUUCAACCAAACACAUGUUGAUCUUGUUUUUCAAUAAUUUACGCAAUUUCAUUAAAAAUCCGCAUUAUUUUC